GGGGGGGGUGUGACUGGGCGGUGCCGGCGCCAGAGAAGAUGCCUUUUCCAGUUACAACGCAGGGAUCACAACAAACACAGCCACCACAGAGGCACUAUGGCAUUACCUCUCCUAUCAGCUUAGCGGCCCCCAAGGAGACUGACUGCCUGCUAACACAGAAACUCAUCGAGACUCUGAAGCCCUUUGGGGUUUUUGAAGAAGAGGAGGAGGAACUGCAGCGCAGGAUUUUAAUUUGGGGAAAAUUAAAUAACCUGGUGAAAGAAUGGAUAUGAGAAAUCAGCGAAAGUAAGAAUCUUCCACAAUCUGUAACUGAAAAUGUUGGAGGAAAAAAUUUUACGUUUGGAUCUUACAGACUAGGAGUACAUACCAAAGGUGUUGAUAUUGAUGCAUUGUGUGUUGCACCAAGACAUGUUGAUCAGAGUGACUUUUUCACCUCAUUCUAUGAUAAAUUGAAAUUACAAGAAGUAAAAAACUUAAGAGCUGUUGAAGAGGCAUUUGUACCAGUCAUCAAACUCUGUUUUGAUGGAAUAGAGAUUGAUAUUUUGUUUGCAAGAUUAGCACUGCAGACUAUUCCAGAAGAUUUGGACCUAUGAGAUGACAGUCUGCUUAAAAACCUAGAUAUAAGAUGCAUAAGAAGCCUUAAUGGUUGCAGGGUAACCGAUGAAAUUUUACAUCUAGUACCAAACAUUGACAACUUCAGGUUAACUCUGAGAGCCAUCAAACUGUGGGCCAAAUGGCACAACAUCUAUUCCAAUAUAUUAGGUUUCCUUGGUGGUGUUUCCUGGGCUAUGCUAGUAGCAAGAACUUGCCAGCUUUAUCCAAAUGCAAUAGCAUCCACUCUUGUACAUAAAUUUUUCUUGGUAUUUUCUAAAUGGGAAUGGCCAAAUCCAGUGCUAUUGAAACAGCCUGAAGAAUGCAAUCUUAAUUUGCCUGUGUGGGACCCAAGGGUAAACCCCAGUGUUAGGUACCAUCUUAUGCCUAUAAUUACACCAGCAUACCCACAGCAGAACUCCACGUACCAUGUGUCCCUUUCAACACAGAUGGUCAUGGUUGAGGAGUUUAAACAAGGUCUUGCUAUCACAGAUGAAAUUUUUCUGAGUAAGGCAGAGUGGUCCAAACUUUUUGAAGCUCCACACUUCUUUCAGAAGUACAAGCAUUAUAUUGUACUUCUAGCAAGUGCACCCACGGAAAAGCAACGUCUGGAAUGGGUGGGCUUGGUGGAAUAAAAAAUCCUCAACCUGGUUGGAAGCUUGGAGAAGAAUGAGUUUAUUACACUGGCUCAUGUGAACCCCCAGUCAUUUCCAGCCCCCAAAGAAAAUCCUGACAAGGAGGAAUUUCGCACAAUGUGGGUGAUUGGGUUAGUGUUUAAAAAAAAAAAAAAACUGAAAACUCUGAAAAUCUGUGUCGACCUCACCUGUGAUAUUCAGUCUUUCACAGAUACAGUUUAUAGGCAAGCAAUAAACAGCAAGAUGUUUGAGUUGGAUAUGAAGAUUGCAGCAAUGCAUGUGAAAAGAAAACAACUCCAUCAACUGCGGCCUAGUCACGUGCUUCAGAAGAAGAAAAAGCAUUCAACAGAAGGAGUCAAGUUAACAGCUCUGAAUGACAGCAGCCUUGACUUGUCUAUGGACAGUGAUAACAGCAUGUCUGUGCCUUCACCCACUAGUGCUAUGAAGACCAGACCAUUGACCAGUUCUGGCAGCUCUCAGGGCAGAAACAGUCCUGCUCCAGCUGUGACCGCAGCAUCUGUGACCAGCAUCCAGGCUUCUGAGGUUUCUGUGCCACAAACAAAUUCCAGUGAAAGCUCAGGGGGUCCAUCGUGUGAAAGCAUUCCUCAAACUGGCCCCCUUUCCUACUGGCAGCUCAUUGCUGGUAGGAGGAGACAGGCAGAUCCCUGGAGCUUGCUGCUGGCUAGCCGGACUAGUGAAAUAGGUGAGCUGCAGGUUGAGGGAGAGCCUGUCUCAAGAUUUAAGUUGGAGAAUGAUGGAGAAGACACAGAGUGUCUAUUUCUGGCCCCCACAUGCACGCAUAUACUAGAAUGUGCGGACAUGAAUAUGUAUGACACACGCAAUUCAAAUUGUUUUUCACGUAGUGGGAAAAUCCGCCUUAUUCCCUCAUAG